AUGCAAUCUUAUUUUAUUCGUCGAUUAUUAAAAGUAUGCGACAAUAAUGUAAGUCAAGCAAAACAAGAGUUACGAUGGAUUACUCAACAUGUGUUAAAUCAAACAAAAAAUAAUUAUUAUAAUUGCAAUAAUAUUCAACAACUUGAUGAAAAGGAAAAACAAACUAUAGCAUUGAUGGUUAAUGAUCGAGUAGAAAAAUAUAAACCAUUACAAUAUAUUCUUGGCACACAACCAUUUUGUGAUUUAGAAAUAAUUACAAAACCACCAGUUUUAAUUCCAAGUAGAUGGGAAACAGAAGAAUGGACAAACAGACUAAUAACAAAAAUAAAUUCAAGAAUAUUCUCAAAAAAUCAAAAAGGAAUCAAGAACAAUAACGAUAUUAAUAGAAAUGGUUAUUUGGAUAGAGCAGAAGGAAAACAAAUAGAGAUUCUUGAUAUUUGUACAGGAUCAGGAUGUAUUGCAUUAGCAUUGGCAUCUAAUUUACCAGAUAAUACAUGUAAAGUUUAUGGAAUUGAUUUGUCAGUUGAAGCGUUGGAGCUCGCAAAUUUAAACCUUCGACAACAACAACAAUUGAAAAAUUUUGUUGAUUUUUCUAAAUUAGAUAUUUUAAAUGAUGAAGACGAAAAGAUUAAAAGAUUUGUGAAAGAAAAAAGUCUUAAUGGACUAGGAUUUAAUUUGAUAGUUAGCAAUCCACCAUAUAUAACUUAUGAAGAAUAUGAGGAUUUAAUUCCGGAUGUUACUAAAAUUAUUGAUGAAUUGAAUAAAAAUGGUUUCAGAUGGUAUGAAGUUUGGAAAGAUUCUAGAGGUAUUGAUAGAUGUGUUGCUGCAAGGUUACAGUAG